GAUCGGUGUUUUUGGGUACAUCGCGUGCGGUGUUGUAUUCUAGCCUCAAAAGCCUAGGCGGUGAUGCGUUAUCACUAGAGUGUAUGAUAACGCUAAAUGCUUCAAAACAUACAGGAAAUUGACUGAAUUUGAGUAGUCAUUUUUGCUAGCCACGUAGAUUUAGUCCGUUUAGCGACUAGUAACUAUUGUAGAUUUAACCUUACGUGAAAAGGAAUUUAUAGUUUUAAAGAUGUGGAAGUUUGUUUAUUUCUGCGUGGUUUUACACGUUUUUUACGUGACAGGCUUGGAGGAAGAGUCCUGCCAUUCAUAUGCUGGUGGUUCUGUGUAUCCCCUGGGUACAGAAAGCAAAAUUGAACACACUUUGCAAUACACCAAAGCUGUUAUUUCAAAACCUGCUCCAGCAUGGGAAAGCACAGCAGUAGUGAAUGGGGAAUUCAUUCAACUGAAGUCCACUGACUACUUAGGAAAAUACUUGGUAUUUUUCUUCUAUCCACUAGAUUUUACAUUCGUUUGCCCAACUGAGAUCCUCGCAUUCAGCGACCGAGUGGCAGAGUUUAAAAAAAUCAACACUGAAGUGGUUGCUUGUUCAGUGGACUCACACUUCACGCAUUUAGCUUGGAUCAACACUCCCAGGAAAGAGGGUGGUUUGGGGAAAAUCCAAAUUCCGUUAUUGAGCGAUCUGUCGCACAGAAUUUCUCAGGAUUAUGGCGUAUUCUUAAAUGAUGUUGGUCAUUCCCUCAGAGGAUUGUUCAUUAUUGAUCCCCAUGGCACUCUUCGCCAGAUAACAAUGAAUGAUCUGCCUGUUGGCCGCAGCGUUGAUGAAACUCUAAGAUUGGUGCAAGCAUUCCAAUACACUGAUAAACAUGGCGAAGUUUGUCCGGCUGGUUGGAAACCUGGCCAAGAUACAAUCAUUCCAAAUCCAAUUGAAAAGAAGAAGUACUUUGAGAAGCACUAAAUUAUUUUCUUUUCUUUAAUACAAUGAUGAAAUUUCACAUCACAUUACGGUGAUAUUUGUAAAAACUGAUGGAACAAUCGCUUUAUAACAAAUGAUUACAAAUACAAAACAGGAGUAAAAUUA